GUGAGUGCAGGCAGGCUGACAAUGAUUUCCUCAGUGAUUACGUACAGAGCGAGUCCUCAGGGUUAGGGGCCCCUCUGGAGCCAUCCUGAUGGCUUUGGGGGGCCUUGCUUCCAUUUUCCAUUAUUAUGUGGACUACCGGAGCGACAGCGCAGUCCAAGACCUUGCAGGAUGUCUCGCCGCAAGCAAGCGAAACCGAGAUCCCUCAAAGACCCCAACUGUAAACUUGAAGACAAGAUUGAAGAUGGGGAGGCAGUAGACUGCAAGAAGAGGCCAGACGACGGGGAGGAGUUGGAGGAGGAUGCUGUGCACAGCUGUGACAGCUGCCUCCAGGUGUUCGAGUCACUGAGUGAUAUCACAGAGCACAAGAUCCAUCAGUGCCAGCUGACAGAUGGAGUUGAUGUUGAGGACGACCCCACCUGCUCUUGGCCAGCUUCCUCACCUUCCAGUAAGGACCAGACUUCCCCCAGCCAUGGCGAAGGCUGUGAUUUCGGAGAGGAAGAAGGUGGCCCUGGACUGCCUUACCCGUGCCAGUUCUGUGACAAGUCCUUUAGCCGCCUCAGCUACCUAAAGCACCAUGAGCAGAGCCACAGUGACAAGCUGCCCUUCAAGUGUACCUACUGCAGCCGGCUGUUCAAACACAAGCGGAGCCGUGACCGGCACAUCAAGCUCCACACGGGGGACAAGAAGUACCACUGUAGCGAGUGCGACGCGGCGUUCUCCCGGAGCGACCACCUCAAGAUCCACUUAAAGACUCAUACCUCCAACAAGCCAUACAAGUGCGCCGUCUGCCGCAGAGGCUUCCUGUCUUCUAGCUCCUUGCACGGACAUAUGCAGGUUCAUGAGCGGAGCAAGGACGGCUCCCAGUCUGGCUCCAGGAUGGAGGACUGGAAGAUGAAGGACACUCAGAAGUGCAGCCAGUGUGAGGAAGGCUUUGACUUCCCAGAAGACCUCCAGAAGCACAUCGCGGAGUGCCACCCCGAGUGCUCCCCAAAUGAGGACAGGGCAGCCCUCCAGUGCGUGUACUGCCACGAGCUGUUUGUGGAGGAGACCUCCCUCAUGAACCACAUAGAGCAGGUGCACGGGGGUGAGAAAAAGAACUCAUGUAGCAUCUGCUCAGAGAGCUUCCUCACUGUCGAGGAGCUGUAUAGCCACAUGGACAGCCACCAGCAACCAGAGUCCUGCAAUCACAGCAACAGCCCUUCCCUGGUCACCGUGGGAUACACCUCUGUGUCCAGCACCACUCCAGAUUCCAACCUCUCAGUGGACAGCUCAACCAUGGUGGAGGCCGCACCACCAAUUCCAAAGAGCCGCGGGAGGAAGCGAGCUGCCCAGCAGACCUCCGAGAUGACUGGCCCCUCCAGUAAACAGGCGAAAGUCACCUACAGCUGCAUUUACUGCAACAAGCAGUUAUUCUCGAGUCUCGCGGUCCUGCAGAUUCACUUGAAAACUAUGCAUUUAGAUAAGCCGGAGCAGGCUCAUAUCUGUCAGUAUUGCUUGGAGGUCUUGCCCUCACUCUAUAACCUAAACGAACAUCUUAAACAAGUGCACGAAGCUCAGGACCCGGGCCUGAUUGUUUCGGCCAUGCCUGCCAUCGUUUACCAGUGCAACUUCUGUUCCGAAGUUGUCAAUGACCUCAACACCCUUCAGGAGCACAUCCGAUGUUCUCACGGGUUUGCCAAUCCCGCAGCCAAGGACAGCAAUGCUUUCUUUUGUCCCCAUUGUUACAUGGGGUUUCUCACAGACUCUUCCCUUGAAGAGCAUAUAAGGCAGGUCCACUGUGACCUCAGCGGCUCCCGGUUUGGGUCUCCCGUGCUUGGGACUCCGAAAGAACCGGUGGUUGAAGUCUACUCCUGUUCCUAUUGUACAAACUCGCCAAUAUUCAACAGUGUUCUUAAACUGAAUAAGCAUAUUAAAGAGAAUCAUAAAAACAUUCCCUUGGCCCUGAAUUAUAUUCACAAUGGGAAGAAAUCCCGGGCCUUGAGCCCCUUGUCUCCUGUGGCUAUAGAACAGACAUCGCUUAAGAUGAUGCAGACAGUGGGAGGUGGCCCUGCCCGUGCUGCUGGAGAAUAUAUCUGUAAUCAGUGUGGUGCUAAGUACACGUCCCUAGACAGCUUUCAGACUCACCUCAAAACCCAUUUGGACACCGUGCUGCCGAAACUGACCUGUCCUCAGUGUAACAAAGAGUUCCCCAAUCAGGAGUCCCUGCUGAAGCACGUGACCAUCCACUUCAUGAUCACCUCCACCUACUACAUCUGCGAGAGCUGCGACAAGCAGUUCACCUCCGUGGACGACCUCCAGAAGCACCUGCUGGACAUGCACACCUUCGUGUUCUUCCGCUGCACGCUGUGCCAGGAGGUGUUCGACUCGAAGGUGUCCAUCCAGCUGCACCUGGCCGUGAAGCACAGCAACGAGAAGAAGAUGUACCGCUGCACCGCCUGCAACUGGGACUUCCGCAACGAGACCGACCUGCAGCUGCACGUGAAGCACAACCACCUGGAGAACCAGGGCAAGGUGCACAAGUGCAUCUUCUGUGGCGAGACCUUCAGCACCGAGGUGGAGCUGCAGUGCCACAUCACCACGCACAGCAAGAAGUACAACUGCAGGUUCUGCAGCAAAGCCUUCCACGCCGUCAUCCUGCUGGAGAAGCAUCUGCGGGAGAAGCACUGCGUGUUUGAAACCAAGACCCCCAACUGUGGCACCAACGGGCCUCGGAGCAGGUGCAGAAGGAGGAGGCCGAGCUGCAGACCUUGCUCACCAACAGCCAGGAGUCCCAUAACAGCCAUGACGGGAGCGAGGAGGACGUGGACAGCUCCGAACCCAUGUAUGGUUGCGACAUCUGCGGGGCGGCCUACACCAUGGAGACUCUGCUGCAGAACCACCAGAGAGCGCUCUUCCCUUUUGACUCUGAAACACAAAGUCACGCACAGCAAGAGCUUGGAUACUGGAAACUGCCGCAUUUGCAAGAUGCCCCUGCAGAGCGAGGAGGAGUUCUUAGAGCACUGUCAGAUGCACCCUGACCUGAGGAAUUCCCUCACCGGGUUUCGCUGCGUGGUGUGCAUGCAGACUGUGACCUCCACCUUGGAACUCAAAAUCCACGGGACCUUCCACAUGCAGAAGACGGGGAACGGGUCCUCCGUGCAGACCACCGGGCGUGGCCAGCACGUUCAGAAACUGUAUAAGUGCGCAUCUUGCCUCAAAGAGUUCCGUUCCAAGCAAGACCUGGUGAAACUUGAUAUCAACGGCCUGCCAUAUGGUCUCUGUGCCGGCUGCGUGAAUCUCAGUAAGAGCAGUAGCCCGGGCCUCGGUCUCCCUCCUGUUGCGAGCAGACCGGGCUUGGGCCAGAAUGAGGGUCUGAGCGCCAUGGAAGGAAAAGGCAAGGCAGGGGGUCUGAAGACGACUCGCUGUUCAAGCUGCAAUGUCAAGUUUGAGUCUGAAAGUGAACUGCAGAACCACAUCCAGACGGUGCACCGGGAGCUCGUGCCAGACGCCAACAGCACACAGUUGAAAACGCCCCAAGUGUCACCCAUGCCCAGAAUCAGUCCCUCCCAGUCAGAUGAGAAGAAGACCUACCAGUGUAUCAAGUGUCAGAUGGUUUUCUACAACGAGUGGGACAUCCAGGUUCAUGUGGCAAAUCACAUGAUUGAUGAAGGGCUGAACCAUGAAUGCAAACUCUGCAGCCAGACCUUUGACUCCCCUGCCAAACUUCAGUGUCACCUGAUAGAGCACAGCUUCGAAGGGAUGGGAGGCACCUUCAAGUGCCCCGUCUGUUUCACAGUGUUUGUCCAAGCUAACAAGUUGCAGCAGCACAUAUUCUCCGCCCAUGGACAAGAAGACAAAAUCUAUGACUGCACACAAUGCCCUCAGAAGUUUUUCUUCCAAACAGAGCUACAGAAUCAUACGAUGACUCAGCAUAGCAGUUAGUUCACAUACGCACAACCUCUCUCGAGGAGAAGGACUUUUGUGGCACAAAAAGGGAACAUGUUUUACUCUUUGCACGAAACUCCCAUUGUUAAUGUAUAUUCUUCAGAAGCAUUGUAUUGUAUCAUACAACUUGUAUUAUGAAAACUGUUGGAUGUUCAUGUGUUGGAACUUUUGAGCACCAGAUAGACCCCUUGUAUAUAAAGUGUUGCACAUGUACUAUGUCGCCAAUGCUACAAUGGUCUUAAAAAGACAAGUGGACUUGGGCCCUGUCCAGGCAAGAUUUUCAAAGUGAUAAAAAUGGCUUAAGAGAAAAUGUUUCCAAGGAAGACAGAACUUAAAUGAACUCUUAUCACAUGACUAUGGUUGGACUUCCUUUUAUGUACACUUAAGCCUAGAACUUCUCUUUUUGGUAUAUCAAUGGUUAAAACCCAAGACUAUUUUUUAUUGCUGGAGAUUCUCGUGAACCAUGAAGAGACACUCUCACAGAACAGAACCCCACAUCUGGAUACGGCCCAUAUAUAUAUUUGUAAGCCUUGCAGUGUGACAGGUAGCCUCGCCAUAUAUGCAAUAGUUGUUAUGUAGACUGUCAACGAUUUUUUUUUUCCUGGCUACAUUUGAAGCUUUGAGUGUUCGAGGUUCUCCUUAAUGAUUUCACACAGCCAAAUCCUUGAAUCGGUUGAACUAACCUGUAUGUUACUGUUCUCAAUGUUUACUCUGCGGUCUGAACCUGGAGAUUACUGGAAUUGUUUUCCAAGAGGAAAUAAAUUCAGUUUACCAUCAGCUAUGAGUGUAUUUGUGUGUUUUCCUUUUCUAGUUAGUGUUACCAUUAAAAACAAAGGAAGAAAAGGAAAUCUAAUUGCCUGCCCCCUUGGCUGUGAAACCUGCUCCCAGGCCAAUCCCAGGUAUAGCCUCAAUCGUUUGUAACCUUUGCACACUGGGCCAAGUGCAGCAGGGAGGAGAUUCAUCACGCUGCACGGGAAGAAAUCAGACCCAGUCUUCUUGAACUGUCUUAGAUCUACCAGGUCACAUUGUACUUGAGGACUCUGACAUCACAGAUGGAUGUGAUAGCUGUUUUCUGCAUAAUUUGCAGCCCAAUUCGUGUCAUGCUGUGCAAAUCUGAACUCGUGGUGGAUGGCUGCAAUUCGAGCGGCUGUUUGGCUUAUGUGUGCUUAAGAAGCAGCAUUGUUCAAAGACAAAGUGCAGAGCAUCGAGUCAGAGGGCUGUUAGUUCUGCUUCUGCUGCUGGCUCCCAGUGGAGCCCUCUCCAAAUGGCUUCAUCUCCUGGCCUGGGAUCACCCGGCCAGGGAAGGUAAUGGAACUCGGUCAUCAGCUUUCCACAGGCAGGAGAUGGCUCUACAAGACGCUUGUCUCCACAGCCUACCACAAAAUGCUGAAAAGGAGAAGCCCCUGGUUUCAGAGCUUUUGCAUAUUUUUUUUUAAAGAAGAGAAGGAUAGCAGUGUGUGUCCCGGACCCUGAUAGGCAUUAUUAGUCUGAAUAGUAUAAGUAUAAACUCGAUACUCAUGGAGCACGUUCACGGAAUCGUGCUUAAAACGGUUACCACACUCUGAGGCCUGUGACCUCUGGUAAACCCUGAAGAUCUCAAGCAAACAGCAAUAAUCACCGCAGUAUUUUGAGGUAAGAAAAAUGCAACCUGGACUGAUGGCUGUGACGAUCCCUUGUCACCAGUGGACCAGCCUGUGAGAGCCACAUCUCCAGCAGUACAAGGCAGGGGCGCUGCUGUUCUAAAACUUAGCCUCCUUGACAUCCCGGUGCAGGACUUGCGUGCUCCAUCUUGCUGGGCUGGACAUGACCCCCGCCCCCACCGCCAGAGCCUCGGAUUCAUUCAGGCUCCCGCUUUGGCUUCCCUAAGAAUUCUGGGUAACGCUGGUUGCAGACCCCACUUUGAGAACCACUGGCCCUACCUCAUUUACAAGUCGUGGAAUGAAUGAGGUGUGAAUAACCAAGCACCAAGUGAUAUUCUCUGCUGUGUUUCCAAUUAAAAAAAAAAAAACUUUUGUCAAAUUUUAUUAUCAUUCACAAACAAGUAUUUUGUAGUGAUUAAAGUAUACACAUCUGC